CCUCCUUCUCCUGCUUCAAAUCUACGGAUAAAGCUUCCAAAUUCCCACACCAACCUCCUCUCUCUCUCUCUCUCUCUCUCAUCUCCUCUAAUGGAGUACGAGCGCAUCCACAAGCCUCUCCAUCGUCAGAGCGGUGGAUUCUCCCCGGCGAAGCUCCGCGCGGUGCUUCUUGGAUUGGAGAAGCGUCGGAAGGGGGAGGACGCGUCGGAGGAGGAGGAGCAGGGAGAGGUCGAAUUCGACAUGGAGCUCGAUGAUCGGCGCGCGAGCGCCGCGGAGAGGUGCCGCGACGUGGAGUGCUCGACGUCGACGGGGGUUCAACAGAGGUCGAUCCAAUCGCGAAUUAGGGUUUUGGACUCGGAGACCGGCGACUCGGAGUGGAGCUUCGACUUCCACCCGGCGCCGUCCAAGUGGGACGACGCCGAGAAGUGGAUCGCGAGCCCCACUUCGCACCGCGGUGGCCGCGCCCCGGCGUGGGCGGGGAAGAGGUCGGGAUUAGGCGUGCCCAUGGCUACGGCAUCGGCGGCGGCGGCGAAGGUUGUGAUUUCGGCGGCGGCGGCGGCGGCGACGACGAAGGAUUCGCCCAAAUGGGCCGGUGCGACGCAGGGUAAGAAGGAUGGUGGUGGUCUCCUAAAGGCUGUGAAUUGGGCGCCAGAGGCGAAGCCUCUUCCUGAUUCUGCUAUCUGUCUUAGCCAGCACGAUACAUCGGCAUCUGCUCGUAGUGCUUCCACAUUUAUUACCCCCGCACCAACAGUUCGCUCAGUAUCCAUGAGAGAUAUGGGAACAGAAAUGACUCCUAUUGCAAGCCAAGAGCCCUCUCGCACCGGAACCCCUUUGACAAUUCGUAGCCCGACUUCUUCGAGACCACCGACUCCUCCGCGGACUCUUCCCAGUUCGGUCUCUUGUGAUGGUGAUUCCAACAAUAAGGAGUUAUCCGAAAUGGAGCUACAAAAGAAAACUAGGAGGGAGAUAAUGGUUCUGGGCCAACAACUCGGCAAGACAAAUAUAGUUGCCUGGGCAAGCAAAGAAGAGGAGGAAGCUAAUGCAUCUAAUAAUGGAACACUAGAUCAAUCAGCUAAAAUUAUUGCUGAGGCUCGUGCAGCAGCAUGGGAGGAGGCCGAGAGAGCCAAAUAUCUUUCUAGGUUUAAGCAAGAAGAGAUCAAAAUUCAAGCCUGGGAAAAUCAUCAGAAGGCAAAAACCGAAGCCGAAAUGAGGAAGAUAGAGGUCGAGGUAGAAAGAAUGAGGGCUCGCGAGCAUGAGAGGCUCAUGAACAAAUUAGCAGCUGCUAGGCAUAAGGCUGAGGAAAUGAGAGCCGCAGCCGAGGCAAAAAGAAAUAAUCAAGCUGCACGAACGGCGCAACAAGCGGAGUAUAUCCGAAGAACAGGUCGCGUCCCUUCGUCUUUUUCGUUCUGGAAUUGGUGCUCGUAGUUCUUCAUUUUUUUUCCUUCACAAAAAAAGAAAAAAAGCCUACCUGGUUUGUAUCUAAUAUAUCUUCUGUGUAAAGCCAAAAUAAUACGUUAUAAUAUAUAAUAUAUAUAUGUGUGUGUAUUUAUCAGCAUUGAACUA